UUCUGAGCUCCUCCCCGCCCAGUCGGGUCACAGACGGCGAUGGCAACGGGGACGGCGACGGCCGCGCGGGCCCGGGCCCUGGCGUUGGCGCUCUGGGGCUGGGCGCUGGCCCCGGCGGGGGCCUUGGACGCUAUGGGCCCCCACGCGGCCGUCCGUCUGGCCGAGCUGCUGACCCCGGAGGAGUGCGACCAUUUCCAGUCGCUCCUGAAGGUGCCCGAGCCGGACGUCGAGGCCGAGCUGGCCCGGCUCUCUGAGGACCGGCUGGCCCGCGCGGAGACGCCGGGGCCCACGUCCAAGCCGCCGGGCAGGCUGUGGCGGCUGUGGCGGCGGCGGCGGAAGCGGGCGGCGGCCGAGUCCGCGGAGGUGUCGGACGGCUGCCGGGAGAGGCUGGCGGACUGGCUGGCGGCCGAGGCCCCGACCCUCUCUUGGGACCGCGUGGCUCGGGCGCUGCGGCGCUGCGGCCGGCCGGACGUGGCCCGGGAGCUGGGCAAGAACCUCCACCAGCAGGCGACGCUGCAGCUGCGCAAGUUCGGCCAGGCCUACCUGCGCCCGCCGGACGCCCCCGCCCCCGCUCCCGCCCCCGCCGCGCCCCCGGCCCCAGCCCCGCCCCCGCCCCCGCCCCCGGCCUCGGCCCCGCCCCCGCGCCCCCGCCGCGCCGCCCUCCCGGAGCCCGACUGGGACCAGCUGCAGCUGAUCGUGGAGCGUCUGCCCCAGGCACCGUACGAGCGCAACCCCGCCGGCUGGGUCGGGCCGCUGGCGCUCGGCUUCCUCACCGGCUUCGUGGGGGCGUUGGGCGCCGGGGCGCUGUUCAUCACGUUCACGCUGUGGCUCACGGGCGGCGACGGCUACGGCCCCGGCCCCGGCCCCGGCCCUCCCCGGCGCAGGCCCGCCCAGGCGCGUGGCGGGCGGCCACCCAGGCCGCCCCUGUCUGCAGAGCAGCUCGAGCCGUCGAGGGCCCGGGCUGCACGCGGGCCGGUCCCCCCUCGCCUUAGUGCCCCCGGCCGUGAAACGGGAGCGCAGCCCCGGCAGAGUGCCGUCUUCCCCGUAUUAUAAACGUUACCAAAUACGCAAA